CCGUGCCUCUCUCUGCAGUGUGACACCCCCCGGAGACACCCUCCCCUCCCCUCCGUCAUCCUCUGUGUAGUGGAGACAAUCCCCAGCACAGGCGGCGGGAGCAGCUCUUCUCUGCAGACUGUCAGUGCUCGGGCUCCAGGACGAGGUGGGUUCUGGGCUGAGGACUUUCUCAGGACCGGCAGUGCAGAGCCUGAGGAGCAUGCAUGGACUCCUGUGAGAUGAGGAGGACAUAAGCACCUGUGCCAUCACCCUGCUCCUUUAUUUCUGGGGUACCUACCUGAAGAUACACCCCCAAAAUCAGAUGCCAGCAGGACCCCCCAGAGGCUUUUUUUUUGGUGAUGUCACAUCCGUAGCCCGGGUCUGAGCACCUCUUGUAGAAGCUUCUCCUCCUCCUUCUCCUCUUCUCUCCUUCUGCUGGGCUCCAAACUUUGGCUGCUGGAUCAGCACCAGGGACAGCGCAGGAUGUUCAGCAGCGAUCAGUGCUGAUGUGUUGGCCAGACAGGGGAGCAGCACAAUGCAGACUCCUCCGAACAUCCUCGUCCUAGCCCUCCUGGCUCUGCUGGAUCCUUCUCAGACACAAAUAAGCCCACGGGAAGGAUGGCAGGUUUACAGCUCGGCCCAGGACCCCGACGGUCGCUGCAUCUGUACCGUGGUGGCUCCGGAGCAGAACCUUUGUUCCAGAGAUGCCAAAAGCAAACAGCUCCGCCAGCUUUUAGAAAAGGUGCAGAACAUGUCACAAUCGAUAGAAGUGUUGAACUUGCGCACGCAGAGGGAUUUCCAGUACGUGCAGAAGAUGGAGACUCAGAUGAAGGGCCUCAGGUCCAAGUUUCGGCAGAUUGAAGAAGACCGUAAAACCCUUCUAACGCGUCACUUUCAGGAUCUGAAAGAAAAAAUGGAUGAACUGCAGCCACUAAUUCCAGUCUUGGAGCAAUAUAAGACAGAUGCUCGGCUGAUCACACAGUUCAAAGAAGAGAUCCGGAACCUCACCGGCAUUCUCACCACCAUUCAGCAUGAGAUUGGAGCGUUUGACUAUGAAGACCUGCACCAAAGGGUUCUGGGCCUGGAAAUGCGUCUGAGGGAGUGCAUGAAAAAACUGACAUGUGGAAAGCUCAUGAAGAUCACAGGACCGAUUACGGUGAAGGCAUCUGGGCCACGGUUUGGAGCCUGGAUGACAGAUCCUGUAGCAUCUGAGAAAAACAACCGAGUGUGGUAUAUGGAAGGAUUCACAACAAGCAAAAUAGUUCGGGAGUACAAGUCACUGGCAGAUUUUAUCACAGGGGCUGAAUCCAGGACUUACACCUUACCAGUUAAAUGGGCUGGCACAAGUCACCUGGUUUACAAUGGUUCACUUUUCUUCAACAAGUAUCAGAGCAACAUUGUCAUCAAGUACAGCUUCAACACAGGAAAAAUCCUGGCCCAGCGGAGCUUGGACAAUGCCGGUUUCAACAAUGUCUACCCUUACACCUGGGGUGGCUAUUCCGAUAUAGACUUGAUGGCGGAUGAGUUUGGCCUGUGGGCUGUUUACGCUACCAACCAGAAUGCCGGGAAUAUUGUUAUAAGCCAGCUUCGGCAAGAUACACUAGAAGUUGUUAAGAGCUGGAGUACGGGAUACCCCAAAAGGAGUGCCGGAGAGUCCUUCAUGAUUUGUGGCACGUUGUAUGUCACCAACAACCAUCUCACUGGUGCCAAGGUCUACUACUCAUAUUCGACCAAGUCCUCUUCAUAUGAGUACAUGGACAUCCCCUUCCACAAUCAGUACUUUCACAUAUCAAUGCUGGAUUACAAUGCUCGGGACCGUGCCCUUUAUGCCUGGAACAAUGGACACCAGGUGCUCUUCAACGUCACGCUUUUUCAUAUCAUUAAGACAGACAGUGAUGUGUGAAUUACAACUCUACUUGCCUUCCGCACCGGGUUCCUCGCUCAUCUUUCAACAAUCUGUUGCUCAUUUACUGGAUUUGCUUACUUUCUUAAUGUUUCCUACUGGUCUACGGUGUCUACUUUUUUUUUCUACCCUUUCUUUGUCCGUUUUUUUUCCUUUCUUGUGUGCUUUGUGAUUAAAUGUUUUUGGCAGCCUACUGUAGUGCCUGGGAGACCUACCAUAUCCAUGACAGUCUGACGUUGAGAGGAAGCAUAUUUAGAAGUCAAGUCAAUAACACUGGUGCGGGGUGGAUCAAAAAACAAUAGUGAUUGUCAUCAUCUAUAUUGUAGAAAAAAGUAGAGCAAAAUACAGGCAAAAACUACAUAUAAGCAGAUUACUUACCAUACGUUUUACAGUUAUACUCAAGGUAACCAUGUGUCCUUCCUUACCUUUACUUUUGGCUCGACAUAUUCAAAAAUAAGUGGUGUAAAAUUACCAGCUUUGGAAAAAACAACAUUAUUUUGCGAUAUUCUGUUGGGAGUUGUUUAUGCUAUAUGUGUCUAUAUGUGGCCACCCAAUGGUUGUGAUGUGCUUAGCAUCCUGUUUUGGGUUUUGAUAGAAAUUUAUGUAUUUGCUUUGUGAGAAAUUGGAUUCCUUAAAGCGGUAUCCCAAUUCCCACUAAUGGCUUCCUGGCCCACUACAGCCUGAGGUGGUUAUAAAGCCAAAAACAGUCUAAAGUAGAUGAGUUGGGAAAUUUGCGUAGGUUCCAUGGAUGUUAGUUGCACAGACGGUGUAGCCGGUGUCCAUUGUUUAAGUUAUUCCGGGAGCUUCUUAAAGGGGUGUUCUGCUGAAAACAUCUUAUUCCCUAUCCAAAGGAUAGGGGAUAAGAUGUUAGAUUGUGGGGGGUCUCUGUGGACAGAUAGAAAAGAAAUCCAAAAAGAAAAGAAUUACCUCUGUAGUAUACAGCUGCUAAUAUGUACUGGAAGGAUUAAGAUUUUUUAAAAGAAGUCAUCUACAAAUCUGUUUAACUUUCUGGCACCAGUUCAUUAAAAAAAAAAAUGUUUCCCACUGGAGUACCCCUUUAAUGCUAUAGGUGUCUGUAUGUGACCACCCAGUGGUUGUGAUGGGUGUUGCGGCUUGCUGAGGAUCCUUCUAGCAUGUUGUCAUCCUCCAGCACUUGGUAGAGGAAAAAAAAAAACCCCAAGAGGAAACCUCUAGGGCAGCAUUUCCCAACCAGGGUACCUUAAGUUGUUGCAAAACUACAAAUCCUAGCAUGCUGGGAAUUGUAGUUUUGCAACAGCUGAAAGCACACUGGUUAGGAAACACUGCCCUUAAAGGGGUUCUCCAUCAUAAGGUGAUUUUAGUAUGUGCCUGGCAGACAGUAAUGGACAUGCAUAGGAAGUAUCUGCACUUGCCUCGGGGCUAAAUGGCUAUGCUGUGAGAUUACCAUAACACUGUGGCUAGCUUUUUGUGAACUUGUAUUUCCUGUUUGACUUUUUUGACUACAAAUCCCACAAUUCCAUUUUCCUCCCUCCACCACAUCAGCCACCCCACCCAUUGAAACAAAAGACAUGUGGUUUUCAAUUUGGGUGCCUACAGCUGUUGCAUUAGUUGCAGAUUGAUCUCACUCCCACCAAGCGAUGGCUCCACCCAUUGAAGCAGACAGGCUCUCUGUCAUCAUCUGACUAGUGAGUCAGAUCUCGGCCGCAGUGCAAGCUGGUAAAAAUCUGAGACAACAGUCAUUUUGUAUGCUGUUAAAAAUAAAUAGUGGGGUUAAAAUCACAGAAGAAUUGUGAGAAAACCGUCACACACAGGUACAGACACUAUAUUAUGAACUACACUAACUUUACAGCCCCUGUAGCAGAGUCAAAUAAAAAAAAAAAAAUCCUGGAAUACCCCUUAAAGGUUUCCUCCAUAGAGUUUUUUUUCCUCUCCUAUGUGCUGGAGGAUGAUACUGUAAAUAGAGGAUUUGACGUUGGCUGUCCAGGCAUGUUUGGAGUUGUAGUUUUGUAACAGCCGGAGGCACCCUGGUUGGGAAAUGCCAAUAUAGAUACUGGAGUCCUAAUCUAAAUCAACAGAAAUGGGUGGAAGAAUCGGUAACCAAAUUCUUAAAUUUGAAUUCUGAAUUAGAGGUAUAUUUUAUGAUACAUUUAUAUUUGAUAGAUUUUAAUAGAUUGAACAUCAAGUCUAUAUAAUAUAUAGUUUUAAAUCUUUAAAAUCCGGGGAUGUUGUAAGUUAGUGUCAAUGCCUACAAGACAUAAGACUAGUAACAAAAUACUAGUCGAGAUUUGUCUUUUCCUACCAAUAAAUCGACGACUUACGUGAUCAAUCCAUUGUACAUAUGUAAUAUAUAUAUAUAUACUGUACAUACAGAAAUAAACCAAAUGGGUGAUAUAGUGGAGAGUCCGGGGGUGGGGGUGUAUACGCACCUGAGCGGUUUCUAAUUUUCAAGGUGGGAGUAAGGGCGUGUCACCGACUAAAUUGAUGGCUUAAUUGCCCUCUUGUAAGAAACUAAUUAUCGCCAUUAGGAAGAUGGAGGGGUUAAUGCGUGGAGUCGCCCCCUUCCUCCUUUAUCAUAUUGCUGAAUAGCGGGCUGGCAGGUCUAAUUAUGUGUAAUUAUUAAACCCUGGAGCGGCAGUCACUAAUAAGUCAUGACGGUGGACAAUUAUUUGGUCUAUUAAUCACGCAGACUCUAUUAAUGAAUGGAGCCUAGGAGCAAGGAACCUGCUCCUGAUAUCCAUUUGCUGACUAAAAUAGAGAUAUCAUUUACAAUAAAAAAAAUAAUAAAAUAUUCAGUUUUUUAAAGGGAAUGUAUCACUUCAUUUCCUUUUUACAACCUAAAACCAGAUACGGAUACAUAUUGGCCCAGAUUUAAUUAUAUUGUCUGGUUCCCAAAAUCACACUACGUUAGGGUUUUAAUUUCCUGCUAAAUUUGAUUAUUUUCUGCUUCCCACGCAUUUGGCUGUUUUUUCACAGGUGACUCGAAUUUAAAUGUAUGUGCCCCUUAAACAAGAGGAUGUUUCGGAUACGCUGAGGUUCUUAGUCAUGACUAAGGGCCCAAGCGGACCCGAAACCAGUUUGCCAUUCUUUGUUUUAGUUGCUGUGAUAUAACCGAAUAUACGCAAUGCAAAUUAUAUUCUCGAAUAUCGCUUAUUCGCGAAUUCGCGAAUAUUCGUGAAUAUAGCACUAUAUAUUCGCAAUUACGAAUAUUCGUGUUUUAUUUUUUCACAGUACACAUCACAGUGAUCAUCCCUCUCUGCUUUCAGCUUGUGUGGUGUAAAGAAGGCUCUAAUGUUAUUGUGUGAGACUGGCGUGCGAAUUUUCGCAUAUGCAAAAAUUUGCAUAUGCAAAUUUCCGUAUAUGCAAAUUUUCACAUAUGCAAAUUUUUGUAUAUGCUAAUUUUCGCACAUGUAACUUUGCGCAUAUGCAAAUGUUUUUAUAUGAUAAUUUUCGCACAUGUAAAUUUUCGCACAUGCAAAUUUUUGCGUAUGCGAGUAUUCGCAUGUGCGAAAAUACGCAAAUGUUCCGAAUAUGCGAAUUUAGCGAAAAUAUGACGAAUAUAGUAUGGAUCGACCGAUUAUCGGUUUGGCCGAUAUUAUCGGCCGAUAUUCACGAUUUUGGACGUUAUCGGUAUCGGCAAUUACCUUGCCGAUAAUCCGAUAAUGUCCCACACCGCCCCCACCACCGCCGCUGCCCCAUUGCCUCCCCAAUCCCCGGUUUUAUAAUUACCUGUUCCCGGGGUCUGGGGCCCACGCUAUUUCUUGCUCCUGCUGCGUCCUGCGUUACGCUGUGCGCUACGCAGCGCAAUGACGAGUGACGUCUUCAGUGCGCACAGUGACAGCGCAGGACGGGAGCCAGAAGUAGUGCGGGCCCCGGACCCCGGGAACAGGUAAUUAUAAAACCGGGGAUGGGGGAGGCAAUGGGGCAGCGGCGUGCGGUGCGGUUGGGGUCAGCGGCGGUGGUUGGGAGGACCCCCGGACAGGCAGGGGGAGAGAAGCGGGUGGCGGCGGCGGUCUCUGGCCCAGCAUAAGCCGCUGCAGUUCAUUGAUUUAAAGCGCCCGCUUUAAAUCAAUGAUCUGCAGCGGCUUCUUCGGGGCCGGGGGGUGUGGAGAAAUAGCCGAUAACUUAUACCGGAAUAUCGGUAUAAGUUAUCGUCAAUCGGCCUGAAAGGCCACAGAUUAUCGGUAUCGGCCCUAAAAGAUCGACAUCGGUCGAUCCCUACUCCAAAGGUCCAGCAGAAGACAACCCUUGUGGUGCCAACCUAUUGCCACUAGUGUCUAUUUCUUAUGAGGUUCUUUACAGAUAGGCAGUUAGAUCCAAUCAAUGAUAUAUCCUAUAAGGACAAUAAUAAUAACAAAGAUGCAAUUAAAUUAGAUCAAUGCAGGUUUAGUAGUGACGAAGCUUGGCUCCUCAGAAUUCUAAUGAUCCCAAUGCCGAUUGUGUGUAGGAUGUAACAAACAAAAGAAAGCACCUUAGCAGAAUAGUUUUGCCGAAAGGUUUUAUUUUAAACAGUAAGCGCGACUGGACAAUAACUAUGUAUCCUUCUAAAAUGACCACUGUUGUGAAGCAUAAUAGACUGUUUCUUACAGCGCUUACCUAAAAUUACAUGAAUACUGAAGAAAACAUAUAUCCAACCUCUCACAAAGUAACAUUUUAAACUCAUUUUGUUCCCAAAUGUGAUUUUCUAUGGAGCCAUUAUUCACAAUUUAUGUCCCAAUUACAUGUUUCAAUUUUUUUUAAAUCAACUGGUGCCAGAAAGUUAAACAGAUUUGUAAAUUACUUCUAUUUAAAAAUCUUAACCUUUCCAGUACUUAUCAGCUGCUGUAUGCUCCACAGGAAGUUCCACAGGAAGUUCUGCCUGACCACAGUGCUCUCUGCUGACACCUCUGUCCAUGUCAGGAACUGUCCAGAGCAGCAGAGAUUUGCUAUGGGGAUUUGCUUCUAGUCUGGACAGUUCCUGACAUGGACAGAGGUGUCAGCAGGGAGCACUGUGGUCAGGCUGGAAAGAACUACACAACUUCCUCUGCAGCAUACAGAAGCUGAUAAGUACAGGAAGGAUUAAGAUUUUUAAAUAAAAGUAAUAUUACAAAUCUGUUUUCAUUCCUGGCACUGGUUGGUUUAAAAAAAUAAUAUUUUUUCCACCGGAGUACCCCUUUAAAGCAUUUUACUUCAAUCUGACCCCUCCUGUAUCCACUAAACACCAACAUUUUAUAUGCCAGUCUUAAGGGAAAGACUGCGACAAAUGGACUUCAAAGGUGCGGUGGGUCUUUGAAAGGUUUAUUAAAAUGCAACGCGUUUCACCGCACAUGGGCGGCUUCAUCAGGCAUACUGAUGAAGCCGCCCAUGUGCGGUGAAACGCGUUGCAUUUUAAUAAAUCUUUUAUACUCACCUGAUGUACCUGUUCCGAGUCAGCGCCGCAAAAGACCCACUGCACCUUUGAAGUCCAUUUGUCGCUAUCCACUUGGUUGGGAGGCUGCAGACCGGGCUUUAACAAUCCUUACAUGCUGUCCAUUGUGUGUGAGCUCACACAACCACCUGGGAUAAGAGGCUUUAAAAAGACUCCUUCUACCAACACCUACCCAGUCGGUUUUACGCUAUGGAGCGCUCGCUUUUAUAUUUUUAAGCGGAAAAACUGUCCGGGCAUGCUGGGAGGUGCAGUUUGGCAACAGUUGGAGGCUCCGUGGUUGGGAAACACUGGUUUAUCCUAAGGAUAGGCCAUCAAUAAAAACGAUUCUAUAGAACGCCUUUGAAUAUUGUUUUCUGUAUAAAGACUUUCUUGCGACAUUUGUAAAUGAACUAAACCAUUGUCUCACCGAUUUCUAUUGACGUAGUAUCUUGGAAUUGAUAUUAUAUUAUAGAAUCAAAACUGUUCGUGCACUCACGGCUCUGUUUCCAUGUCACCCAUACAUUUGUGCCGCUGUUUUACCGGUUAGGUUGUCGUUGGCCUUCAUGUUGCUUCAUUCUUUUCUAUUCUCCCUGAAAAUAAAGAAGCUGAAAGUAUUUUGUAAAAAUAAAAAAUUUAACUAUGUGUACAUUUGCCUUAACCCUAUACCUGGGCCCGAUGCUUCUGUUCUUGGUGCACAUUUUUAAUUCUUGCGAGCAUAUUUUGGGCCUGUGUACGUCGUAAUUGUAAUCUACAUUGUGCGAUUGUAUCUCUUCACUUCUGUGAAAAUCAGCAGCGCUUUUUUUUAUUUUAUAAAAUCAGUAUUAUUGACAGUUCUCUGUAUUUGCACGUACAAUUUUAUUCAUAUCAGUAUGGAUAUUUCUAAAAUCAUGGUUUACUAAAUGAAAAAAACAAGG